AUGAGAGCUAGAUCUGCUAAGCAACAAUUCCCCGUCGCCGCUUGGGUUAAACAAUUAGAGAACCUUCAGUCAAGUGCGAUUAAUACCCACGUCAAGGAAGUUGAAAGAGGUGGCCCUAGGAGCGGCUUGAGCCUGCCAUUACCUGGACGUCGCUCGCGCGGAAACAGUGGCACAUAUUCUCGACCGGUCAGUGGCACAUAUUCUCGACCGGUCAGCGGCAUGUACUCUCGAUCGGCAAGUAUGGACGCGACGCCAGCGGGCGGAAACUCCCCUCCUUUGCACCCUGUCUACUUCAACCCGGAUAAUUCCAUGCCCAGUACUGCCAGCGCGUCACAAAUUACCUUAAACCAGUCAGACUUUGACCGCCGGGGCAGUCCUCUCGACCUCGGCGACGAUGACAACGACCUUCGCGACGGACGUGACCGUGACAGUCUUAUCUCAGACCCUUCCAAGCCUGUUUCUUUGUUGUCUCGCGAUAUACCGACACCCACUGAGGCUGAAGAUGGCCCGUCGCGAGACGAGGGAGAUGGUCUACUCGGCAACCAAGCUAGAACCAGGGAUGGCCUGGGCAUUCACUACCAAUCUCGCUCCCGCCCUGUCUCUAUGCUAAGCUUGAACACUGUGGUGGGAGACAAAAAGGACUUCCUUCUUCAGAAGGUCGACCCCGAUUUCACUGACAGCAAGGGCGAAUACUACAAGGCGUUCGAAGGAAAACUUGCCGACCUUUCAGCUGGUAACUCCGAAGACGCACUUUGCAUUGAAGACUACCUCGUGAAGUCAGAGCGAGAGUGGUAUAGCGAUUUCAAAAAUUCCAAGCUGGGACGCUCAAGCGACCGCUCCCGCUCUGGAUCCCGCUCCCGAUCUCGAUCCAGAUCUAGAAACCGGUCGAACAGCGGAUCAUCGGUCCUGACCAAGAAGAACCGCGCAAGCCCCACCCCUGUUCUAUACGACGGGGAGCACGAAGCGUACAACAUGGGCGAUGAUGAUGACGAGUGGCUACUUGGACAAGACUACAAGCCUCCUACUGGUGUCAUGUACUUGGUGCAGCGCCGUAUUGGCGACUGGCCCGUCUACAGUUUCGUGCUUGCCUUCGGUCAGAUCAUGGCUGCGAACUCGUAUCAAGUUACCCUGCUAUCUGGCACAACCAGUUCAGCCAGCAUUGUCUACGCCACUGGAGCUAUCUACAUCAUCUUCUCGGUAAUUUGGCGGAUCUUGUUCCGCAAAGCCGCCUCUGUCUAUGUGCUAUCUGUUCCUUUCAUCUUCUACGGAUCUGCGUUCUUCUUGCUCGGCCUUGUGCCAGUCGCCAAUAGCUCUAAAAUUGCUCAAACUUGGCUAGAGAAUAUUGCGACUGGAUUGUAUGCAGCCGCAUCGCCCUCAGGUUCAAUUUUCUUCGCUCUGAACUUCGGUGACGAAGGAGGUUCUCCUAUCAAAUCCUGGGUUUUCCGUGCCUGUGUCAUCCAAGGCAGCCAGCAAAUCUACGUCGUCGCUCUCUGGGCAUGGGGUAACUACCAAAACAACAUCUUGGGCACCGGCGCUGCCCUCUCCGAUAGCAUGAUUACGACCACCAGCCUCAAAUUCACCGGCAUCAUGAUCCCUAUUGCUUGCCUCAUCUGGGGUAUCGGCGCACUCUGCUAUUUCGGACUACCAUCCUACUACCGACAAGCUCCUGGCCAUGUGCCUUCAUUCUACAAGGCCAUCAUGCGCCGUAACAUCGUUAUCUGGUUUUUUAUUGUCAUCAUAAUUCAAAAUUACUUCCUUUCUGCCUCCACAGGUCGCAACUGGCAGUACCUCUGGAGCAGCAAUGCGGCGAAGAUCUACCAGAUCGCCCUCCUCGCUGUCUUCUUUUUCAUAAUCGUGUGGGCUCUCUUUCUCCUCCUCUUCGCCAAACUCUCCCACGCCCACUCCUGGAUCCUCCCUCUCUUCGCAAUCGGCCUCAUCGCACCCCGCUGGGCUCAGAUCUUCUGGGCCACCUCCAACAUCGGUAUCCUACUCCCUUGGACCGGCUCGCCGCUCGCAUCCGCACUUGUUUCGCGCUCGCUGUGGCUGUGGCUCGGUGUCAUUGACGCCUUCCAGGGAGUAGGCUUCGGUAUGAUCCUCCUCCAGACUUUGACAGGUUGCAUAUCGCGUACACGCUUGUUGGAGCGCAAAUCUUUGGGUCCGUGGCAACAAUGGUAG